UACGUAUCUUUUCAAGGAAAGUGAAGCGUAGAAAAAAUAAAAACAUUCAUUUCAUUCGUUGUAGAAUUAUCGAGUCGUAUCGAAUUGUUAGUUAAUUGCGUUUAUUUAUAAUUUGUUUCUGGUAUUGAAAGUUAAUUUUUCGGUCAUAAUGACUGUCAUAACGAAAGCUUUAGGAGAGAAAAAAUCCGAUAAUUUGGAAGAACCUCUGGUAGAUAAUAUCGUCGUCGAGCCUAAUGAUGAGGCCAAGAAAGCAGAUCUUGAAUCUGGUGGUUAUCCGGUACCUCCGCCACAAAACCAGAGAUACAUCAUAUCAGCUCGUGUGAGACCUUACUACAGUUUGAUGUUCAUCUUGAUGCUGGUUUUAUUAAUAACUACGAGUUUGUUGGGUAUCUUCGGCACUGAAUAUUUAUACGAGCAAUACAGAUAUCUUGUCGGAAGUGAGCAACAACCCUAUCGAACUUGGGGUACGGUCUCGUUCAAUGAAAAUCCUACUGCUAUGGCUUAUGAAAACAACAAGAUUCCCGUUAGAUUCGAAAAAUCGCAAGAAAAUGUAGAACAAGGCAUAUUCUCGGACAUCGUGGAAACUAUUAAUAAAAUUAAACAAGUGAAGGAAAAGAUAAACGAAAAAGAAAAAGAAAUAUUGUCGCAUUUUGGAAGCAACGAUGUCGCCUCUCAGGAAAUGAAAGAUGAAUCCAUCGACCGUCCUAAUGAAAUCAACAUCAAAGAAGAAUUCGAAUUAGAUUUGAGUAACGAUCGAUAUGAAAAGAUCAACGUACCGUCGGGUGAAGCUAGCCGAUUCAUUCACGACUUUUAUUCGAAUUAUACCGCCAUCGUUGACGAGAAAAACAAACGAUGCUUCGUUAUGCCUUUGGACCGCAGCGUAAUUCUUCCUCCGAAAUCGCUGUACGAUUUAUUGUUCAAAAUGCAAGAUGGAUAUUACUCGAUUGAUACGGAACGAGUACGCCGCGAAAUGCAAGUUGUGCAACCGGCCAUUGAUGAUUUAGAAUCAUACGGAAUCUACAUCGCUAAGGAAUGUUACGGCUUCACAUCCUACAAAUUAGAAAAAUUCGUCGGAGGCGUGGUAAAACGUAGCGUAUCGGAUUCUAGUUCUUUUAAAUUUUUCAUCGGAGAUAAAUUAGUCGAAUUUGAUAUUGAAGGUAUUCCACCAAGUAACGUAGUAGCUGCGGCACCUGAAGCGGUUGCGAUGGCGUAAGCCGGCACAAUGACGGAUAUUAUUUUUUGUUGGACAACGGAUCGUUGUUGAAUAAUAAUGAUGAUUAUGUUUACUUUUAAUAUUAUUAGUCAUUUAAUAUAUUUUUUUGUUAUUUUUUAUAAUAGUUUCACUCAAUUUGUAAUUGUAUCAUUUACCUGUUGGAAUCUAGGCGAGCGUUUUUAUUAUCAAUCAUUUUUAGUCGCUUUCGUUGAGUAUUUUUGUCGUUUUUAUGCCGCAUUGAGUGUGUUGUAUCUAUUUUAUUAAUAUUUUUAAUGUAUAUCAGUGUAGUAUUCUAUUUUAUUUAUCCAUUCCAUUUGUUUAACUAACUAAUUAAAUGUAAAUUUUAAGUUAACAA